AUGGGAAAAAUAAAAGAUCAAAAAGGCAAGGAGCAUGAUCAUUCUCAGUGUCGGAGAUACGUUCUCCAAUCUUAUCUCCUAAGAACAGAGCACAUAAGCCCUAAUUCUACUCGCAACAUCAAUAUGAUCACGCAGGAUGAUUCUCUAUGUUUGCUCUCUAUCUCUAUUUAUACUCUGAAUUCUUCUCAUGCUUCUCUUUGGCUCUUCACACGGUCUGAGGAAGAGAGUGCAGAUUUUGGUGAGAGUGAGGAUCCUAGUAAGACUGUUCGUAAGAGAAAGAAGUUGUCUUCAUCAAAACUAGGUUUUCGGAGACUUGAUAACCAGUCAAAGAAGGAUCAACUUUUCAACGAGCCCUUGUUUACUGGCUUCUCAAAUGUUUUACUCAGUGUCUUUAAAAAGGAUUGUGUAGCAAAAUCAUAUUUUGCUGCUCCUAAAGAACCUGCAUCUGUACCUGUAUCAUCUCCUACUCGAGAAGCUGAAACAGAAAUUAACUCGGCCUCUCCAGUUACACAAUCUACAGUUCCUGAUUCUACUAAUCAAGAGAGUACGGUUCAGCGAUCUUCAGGUCAGCAAACUGAACAUUUCCAAGGUGUUGCACUUAAAUUCGUUUUGCCUGGACUAAACAUCCUCGAGUACAUGCUAUCACCACCUCCAAGAUCUUCACCUUUUAGAACCAAUGGCUUCACCAUUCAUCCUGAAACAUGGGAGACAGGAUCUUACAGAACACAACCUUCAACUUCCAACAAUACAGAGGAACUUCAUUUUCUUGAGGAAGGUGUCAAUACCCCGGUAAGAUCACCGGUUACUCAAGAUUCUGGGGGUUUUUCAGGAAGAACAAGAGCCUUGGCUCAGCAUCUUAAAGAACGUUAUUCUGGAUAUCUAAGUUUGAACAAGAUCUUGGAAGGAAAGACAAGAAAAAUAGCUGCUCGAAUGUUCUACGAGACACUGGGUGAGGUUCCGGAGAUCGUUCAGAAGAUCAUUCAGGAAGUAAGACAGAGUUUGAAAUCAAGAUUGAUGGAGAUAUUGAGGUUGCCAUUCAAGAAGCGGUUUUCAUGGAAUGAACGAAAUAGAGCUCUUCACGAGUUUAAGGUUGAUGGAAACAAAGAAGUAUUGUACAAGUCAUCUAAAGGCAAGCGAUGUUUUGAGUGCAAAGGUUUUAGACAUAUGUGUUCUGAAUGUGCGAAUUUGAUGAAGGAAAAGGAGAAGAAAUUCAUCAUGAGUGAUUCUGAAAUUGAUUCAGAUGAUGGUGAAGAAUUGAAGAAUUUAGUUGCCUUUACGACCUUUGAGUCUAGUAUUGCGUCAGCAUCUGCAUCAGGGCCAACAUCAGCGUCUGCAACAGGGUCUACAUCAGCGUCUGCAACAGGACCUGCAACUGGAAGUGAUAAUGAUCAAAGUGAUGAUGAUGAUUUAAGUAUUAGUGAUGAAGAGUUUGCUGAGAAUUACAAAGCUUUAUAUGAGCAUUGUGUUAAGGUAGUUGAGGAGAAUUCAGUAUUAACUAAGGAGAAGCUCAAGUUAGAGGCUAAAGUUGUUAAAACACUGAAAUUUGCUGCAGAGAAAGAAGAAGAAGCGUCACAACUUGAAGAAACUCAAAAGAAUUUGAGGAUGCUUAAUAAUGGCACAAAGAAGUUGGGUCAUAUUUUGAGUAUUGGCAAGACUGAUAAGUGUGGUCUUGGAUUUAAAGGAAAUCCUUCAAAAUCAGAUCCGGUGUUUGUUUAUGGUGGUAAAAUCACGUCUGCAUCAGGAACUGUGAAGGAAACUGCAACUGUGGCAGAGAUUGCAUCUGAUACGAGAACUGAUUCGAGAACUGAUACAGAGACUACAUCCGGUACAAGAAAAGUUCAAAAAUUGCAGAGUGAACCUCGACGAGUUUUUCGACCGGUUUGUCAUCAUUGUGGAGUUGUUGGGCAUAUUAGGCCAAGAUGUUUCAGAUUGUUGAGGGAGAAAAAUCGAUUGAUGAAUGCUUAUGAUGUGAGAUUUCAUGGUCCUAAAUGUUAUCAUUAUGGAGUUCAAGGACAUAUCAAGAGGAAUUGUUUCAGGUUCAUUCGAGAAUGCAGUCAUGAGGGUUUAAGGCGCAACAAAGUAUGGGUUAGGAAAGAUGAUUUUCAUGGAAGUGGUGGGGAGAAUGAUGAUGUGUUUGGUGAUGUUGUGUUGGAGUUAGAACUGAUGAGUUCACAACAUAGUCAAAAAGGGGGAGAUUUGAAGAUGUAG